UGGUCAGUAUUUACUAACAGGGUCUGAUAAUGGAUCAGUAGAGAUACACAAACUAACUGAUCCUUACUCUCUCUCUGGUCUGAAAGAGGAAGGUCACGGGACGUGGUCACUAGGCACUCAUGACAAUCACUACGGCCAAGUCUCCUGUAUGUCAUUAACAUAUGAUGAUCAGUACCUACUCACUGGUGGAGGGGAUGGGAAUGUCUUUGUGUAUAAAACUAAUUUCUCUACCAGCAGACCAGCCUCUCACGUUGCCAAAGUUGCUGGUAGUGACGCCCAGACUAUCAAGAGAAGGAUUGCUAUUACUGAUGAUAUUGAGGACUCCUCUCAUUACAGCAUUGAGGAUGCUAAACAAAAAGCUGAGCAAGACAGGAAAUUAAAAGCAGCUGAAGCAAAGAAACAAAAAGUUCGUAGGGAUAUUAUGCUGCUGCGUAGGACAUUCACUGAGUUACAGCAAAGAUCUCAGCACCUGCCAAAACACUUGAGGCUCAAACAAGAGGAGUUCAUGAUGGAUCCAUCAAUAUCAGAACAACUCCAGAAACAACUAGCAGAUAAAUUGGAUUUAGUAAGGAGAGAGAUGGCUUGGGAGUCUGAGAAGCAUUCUGUGGCUUUAAAGAAACUCCAGAAAAAGUUAGUACACACACAUGUACAUGUAUUAGCUUGUAUUUAG